AUGAAGAUCACGUCAUGGAAUGUAAAAGGGUUGGGAAGGAAAGAUAAAAGGGGAAAAGUUUUAAAGUUGGUUAAGGAUAAGAAGUUAGAUAUGCUACUGCUUCAAGAAACAAAGAAAUCCAAUGUGGAUGACUUGCUGGUGAAGUCCUUGUGGCCCUUUGAUUUUUUGCAGUUUUUGAUAGUGGACUCGGUGGGUAGUGCAGGGAGCCUGCUAUGUGUGUGGAAUCCGGGGGUCUUCCAGAUGUCAGAGUGUUGUAGCUCGAGGAAUUUCUUACUUCUAUCCGGUAUUGUUAAGCAAUCUUUUGAGUGUGUAAUUGUUAACAUUUAUGCUCCGAAUAAUUUGAGGAGUAGGGGUCAGUUAUGGGAAGCAUUGGGAAGGUUAAAGUCAUCUUUUCACAAGCCUUGGUGUAUUGGAGGGGACUUUAAUGAAAUUUGUUUUUCGAGUGAAAGAAGGGGUUAUUUGAGAAGGGACAAAGGAAUGGUUGAAUUUAAUGAGUUUAUUGAUCGUAUGGAAUUAGUAGAUCUGCCUUUGUUAUGGAGAGGUUUUACGUGGUGUAAUUCAGUGGAAGGAGAUGGAGUAGAAUAG